CGGACGCGUCACCGCCCUCGUUUCCGACCGCCAGGAGACCGGCAGUGCUAUUAGUGCACCGCGGGGCCGCGGCGGAGGGCAGCACAGUGCCUGGUUCGCUUGGCACACGCCGGCAGGUCGGCGCGCUCGCUCACCUGAGCCGUGUCCCGGGGCUACAGAGCCACGGGGCUGUACGCGUGCCACCCGCCCACCGGGACGCGCUCGGAGAUGGGCAGCUGGAGAAGUUGACGGAACCCCUACGCGCACGCGGCUCCCUCGCUGCCCAGAGGGGCUGCAGCCAGCGGUUUGCCGCGCGUGCUUGUUUGCCAAAGGAGCCGCCCCGGUGAGGAUCGCCGGAGGGGAGCCGCUUCCAGCGGGGAGACCCGCAGCCCAGACGCGGGCUCUGGGCGGCCUGGAUGCGCCAGAGCCGGCCCCGCAGCCGCUGACGGCCGGCGGCAGCGAAGUUUGGCUGCUGAGCGGCUCGGCGCCCUGCCCCUGGACAGACUGUCAGCCGGCCGCGACAACCUCCGGAGCGAUGCCCGUGGGGGGCCUGUUGCCGCUCUUCAGUAGCCCCGGGAGCGGCGGCCUGGGCGGCGGCCUGGGCGGGGGGCUUGGCGGCGGGAGGAAGGGGUCUGGCCCCGCCGCCUUCCGCCUCACUGAGAAGUUCGUGCUGCUGCUGGUGUUCAGCGCCUUCAUCACGCUCUGCUUCGGGGCAAUCUUCUUCCUGCCUGACUCCUCCAAGCUGCUCAGCGGGGUCCUGUUCCACUCCAACCCUGCCUUGCAGCCGCCGGCGGAGCACAAGCCCGGGCUCGGGGCGCGUGCCGAGGAUGCUGCCGAGGGGAGAGUCAGGCACCGCGAGGAAGGCGUGCCUGGGGACCCUGGAGCUGGACUAGAGGACAACUUAGCCAGGAUCCGCGAAAACCACGAGCGGGCUCUCAGGGAAGCCAAGGAGACCCUGCAGAAGCUGCCGGAGGAGAUCCAAAGAGACAUUCUGCUGGAGAAGGAGAAGGUGGCCCAGGACCAGCUACGUGACAAGGAUCUGUUUGGGGGCUUGCCCAAGGUGGACUUCCUGCCCCCCAUUGGGAUAGAGAACCGGGAGCCCGCCGACGCCACCAUCCGCGAGAAGAGGGCAAAGAUCAAAGAGAUGAUGACCCAUGCUUGGAAUAAUUAUAAACGCUAUGCGUGGGGCUUGAACGAACUGAAGCCUAUAUCAAAAGAAGGCCACUCAAGCAGUUUGUUUGGCAACAUCAAAGGAGCUACAAUAGUCGAUGCCCUGGACACACUUUUUAUUAUGGGUAUGAAGACUGAAUUUCAAGAAGCUAAAUCAUGGAUUAAAAAGUAUUUAGAUUUUAAUGUGAAUGCUGAAGUUUCUGUUUUUGAAGUAAACAUACGCUUCGUUGGUGGACUUCUGUCAGCCUACUAUUUGUCCGGAGAGGAGAUAUUUCGAAAGAAAGCAGUGGAACUUGGGGUAAAAUUGCUACCUGCAUUUCAUACUCCCUCUGGAAUACCUUGGGCAUUGCUGAAUAUGAAAAGUGGGAUCGGGCGGAACUGGCCCUGGGCCUCUGGAGGCAGCAGUAUUCUGGCAGAAUUUGGAACUCUCCACUUGGAGUUUAUGCACUUGGCCCACUUAUCAGGAAACCCAGUCUUUGCGGAAAAGGUAAUGAAUAUUCGAACAGUGUUGAACAAACUGGACAAACCAGAAGGCCUUUAUCCUAACUACCUGAACCCCAGUAGUGGACAGUGGGGUCAACAUCAUGUGUCAGUUGGAGGGCUUGGAGACAGCUUUUAUGAAUAUCUACUGAAGGCAUGGUUAAUGUCUGACAAGACAGAUCUCGAAGCCAAGGAGAUGUAUUUUGAUGCUGUCCAGGCCAUCGAGACUCACUUGAUCCGCAGGUCAAGCGGGGGACUAACAUACAUCGCAGAGUGGAAAGGAGGCCUCCUGGAACACAAGAUGGGCCACCUGACGUGCUUUGCAGGGGGCAUGUUUGCACUUGGGGCAGAUGGCGCUCCCGAAGCGAGAGCUCAGCACUACCUUGAACUCGGGGCUGAAAUCGCCCGCACCUGUCAUGAAUCUUACAAUCGCACAUAUGUGAAGUUGGGACCAGAAGCAUUCCGGUUUGAUGGCGGCGUGGAAGCUAUUGCCACGAGGCAAAAUGAAAAGUAUUACAUCUUACGGCCAGAGGUUAUCGAGACGUACAUGUACAUGUGGCGACUGACUCACGAUCCCAAGUACAGGACCUGGGCCUGGGAAGCCGUGGAGGCCCUAGAGAGUCACUGCAGAGUGAACGGAGGCUACUCAGGCUUACGGGAUGUUUACAUUGCCCAUGAGACUUAUGAUGAUGUCCAGCAAAGUUUCUUCCUGGCGGAGACACUGAAGUAUUUGUACUUGAUAUUUUCCGACGAUGACCUUCUUCCACUGGAACAUUGGAUCUUCAACACUGAGGCUCAUCCUUUCCCUAUACUCCGUGAGCAGAAGAAGGAAGUUGAUAACAAAGAGAAAUGAAAGACAUUUUCUAUUUUACUCUGCUUCAUUCCCUCACUGCAUACCUUAAUAAUUCCUUUUCUGGUAAUCAGACAUAUGAUGAACUCUCAUUGAUUGGCAAAAGUCUAUGAUUCUCUUAAGUUCUAAAAUUGUUUUGCAGUCUCUUAUGUUUAGUAUCAUAAGCCUAAGUGGACCUCAAUUCUUGAUUUCAUUAUUCAGCUAGUAGAUCCACAGAUUCUGCCUGUCAUUUUCAUUUUCUUAAGGAAUCUAUUGAUUCUGAAAUUCAUGAAGUUGCGACAUCAUUUUGAUAAUAGAACCGUCUACCAGUGACCUCUUGAUUAUGAUUUGAUUUGACUGCAAAAUUUCUUCCUCCUCUAUGAGGAGAUGCUGUCUGCUUCGAGCUGUAAUGUUUUGCCAUGUUGCAAAAAGCCAUAAUAAUAAAUUAAGCAUUAAAAAGAAAAAGCAUUUUUUUUUCCUUUUCAAGUUCAUGUUAAUCUGGUUUGUCUGUCCACCAGAGACAGGUCUUACAACUGUGACAGCCUCUUAGCAGGUCUAUCAUUAUUUGAUAGAAUGUCUUCUAAAGUACUCCACUCUUAUUGUGAUUCAGAUGAGAAAGUCGUCCCAGAAGAGCUGGCGACACUGGCCUCAUUUCUUCACAAGUGCAGUAUGUUUUUUAUUGGGUGAUUAUGUUCAUGUUUCCUCACUUUCAUUUUGUUCUCUGCUUUUGCUCUAAAUGCCCUGUGUCAUCUCUGUAUCACAUACUGCUUAAUUUCUCCCAUCACCCAUGACACAGCAAGGGGAGCUCCUGAGUUAGGCAGAAUGCCAAGUUACCCAGUUACAGUUUUGAAAGAGAAAAGAUUUAACAUACCAGGUUUUCCUUUUAAAUGAAUCCAUUCCAAAAUCUGGUCUCUAAAAAGAGCGAGGAUUCCAUAUGACUAGCUUGUGGAUCUGCAUUUCCUCCUUUGUUCUCUUUAAGCAAAGGAUGCCUUGCACUUGGUUCAGAUCUGAAAAGGGCUCUUCCCAGGUGUAGCUCAUCAUCGAACUUUAGUUUGUGAACAUGAGCUUUUACCCAGUGAAAAAAGCAUUUCUGAUUUAUCUAUUCCUAUUCAGCUAAAGGAGAAAAAAAUCUAAUUAGUUCUUAAGGACACAGUGUGUUAAAUGUGCUUACAUUCAGCAUAAAGAUCUUAACUUACAAGUAAUUUAUAGGGAUGAACCCACUCCCUCAUAAUUUGAUCUGUAGCAGAUCAAAAUAAUUAUAUGAUUCUUCUAAACUUUAUUUUGAAAUAUGAAUGAUUUUCCCAAGGACAAAUUUUGUGAUAGCUUGUGUUACCACACCUGUUCUUUAUAUGAAAGAUCAAAUAUGAUUCAUAUGUACUGAAAGACAAAGAUAAGAACCACCUCAAUUUCAUUCUACUACAUUCAACAACAACAACAAAAACAAAUAAUACAAACCCAUAGAUUAGGUUAAAUAUAUAUUUCUGUGCAUUUACUUUUUUCAAAAUUUCUAAUUUUAUCAAUUUCAUAUUGUACAACCUAUUUUUUUGAGACAUUUAUUUUCUUAAACCUGAAUAGACAACAGUUUUACCUAUUUCACCUUUGGGGAUGGUUUCAAAAGAUGUUAUUUUGGAUCACUACCUUGUAUGUCCUGGUUGUUCCCAGUAUUGUACAUUAGAACACAUCAAAAUGAGACAGUAAAAUUAGCAAAUGAAAAAGAUCACUCAGUAUAUCAUUAUGGCUAUGUUAACGCAUCUCUGUUACCCAGUGAAACUUCUGCCUGUAAUGCAUUUAAUCUCAAGAGGUUAUGAACCCAUGACGUCACGUUAAUGAAACCGAAUAGAACAGUCUGAUUUACCUCUUCAUUACAAGUUGAUUCGACUGUAAAACUUUUCCCUCCAUGAGGAAGAAAUGAAUAACAAAUCUUUCUUUCCCUAGAGCUCAGAGGUAAAAUAUUAAAGUUUGCUGCCAAAAUUUGGUCAUCUGUACUUUGAUUAUAAUUAUCACUGUCCUUAGAUUAGUUAUUUAAUUCAUUUUCUUUGCAUCUCCAUUUGAAGGAACAUCCAGAGCCGGUGAGUAUUUCUGCAGCAGGUGGGGUUUGAAAGUCAGGUCCUGUGUACCUACUACGGUGUCAUGUAGCUGUUGUGUUCCAGUAUAAGCAGGGAAGGAGCCGAACCACAGGCCGCUCCACCACUGGAAAACAUUGUUUUCAGUUUUAAAACCAGAUCUCAGAACACCAAAAAAUUUAAACAAGAGGUUAAUUUUAUAGAAAUGUAACUAAUUAAGCUUUAUGUUUAUGUGUUGAUUUUAAACAAUUAAGUCUCCAAAUGGAUACCAACUCAUUCAUUUCCAACAAAACUGUGCGGUUUGGUUUACAUGUAUAAUCCACAUCCUUAAAGAUGAAUAGUUACAGUAGCACCCAUUUUGUGUUUAUAAAACCUGUUUUGAUACACUGUAGUACACAUAUAAGUUGUAUGCCAAUUUAUAGAACUCAGUGACUUCUCUAUCAUGUGUGCCAUCCAUUUUUACAUUGACUGGUUUUGAUUUGUUCAUAAGCACAUUCUGUCAUUUCCAGCUUUAUAUAAAUCUCUGAUGUUAUGGAAAACCUAAUAGAUUGACACAUAAUUUUUAAAAAUUAUAUUUGUAAAAUUUCUCUAUUGUGAAUAAAGUCUUUUAAUAUAUCUC